AUGGUACUCAACAUCCUUAUGCUGCUCCCGAUCGACAAGCUGCCCGUGGAGUACCCCGUCACCGCCGAACCCGGAAAGCUGUACAACGACAUCGACACCGUGGCCCACAGAGUCAUGGGCAACUACGCCGAACGGCUGUGGCCAAACCGUGACGUGGAGAAUGAUGCCAGGCUUACAAACGCGUUGGAGAUCUAUCUCGAUCAUCUGAUGCAGAGUGAUGCUGCCUGUCCACCAUGUGUAAGGACACUGCUGGACGCCACGGCUCCAAAGGUGCGGGCGCGUUUUAUUCAGACCCGUAGAGGGGGGAGGGGCAGACGUGAGUCAGGUUCCGUGAAGGAGGUGCAGGAGAAGAUGUCGUUGACCACGAUCCAAGAUGGUGGGAUUGAGCUACGCAGGGGAGUGACGGCAGCGUUGAAGGCAGAAGGCAUGAGAGGAAGGCAAGUGAGGCGUGGUCGCUGCCGGGAACGACGCAAGCGGAGAAGCGAACAAUCGAGGAGACGAGGAAAUCUCAGCCGAAUGCUGCAGGCGUGUCUGGUGACAUACAUUUGCACCUGCUCGAUCGACAACGUGGAAGGGAAGGACAUCGAGUGCGGCGAGUCCUUCGAUCGCAUCGAGGAUCUGCAGGAUCAUGGGGAGAAGGAGCACGUCGAGCGAAGCGGCAGUGAGUGA